GCAACAUUGUUAUUUUAUUUUCAUAUUCCGUUGUUGAGUGUUGACUGUUGUUGAGCGGUGGUUUUUAAAAGCUUUCACGUUCAAUAAGCAACAAGAAAAAAUUACUGAAAUGAAGAUCGAAGAAGUAAAAAGCACCGCUAAAACACAGAGAAUAUCAGCGCACACCCAUAUAAAGGGACUUGGAUUAGAUGAAAAUGGUGUACCCAUUCAAAUAGCAGCCGGUCUCGUGGGCCAAGAAUCAGCGAGGGAGGCUGCAGGAAUAGUGGUUGAUAUGAUCAGGAGUAAGAAAAUGGCUGGUCGUGCUUUACUAUUAGCCGGACCACCUGGCACUGGUAAAACAGCGAUAGCACUUGCUAUAGCGCAGGAGCUAGGGAAUAAGGUACCUUUCUGUCCGAUGGUUGGAAGUGAAGUAUACAGCACAGAAAUUAAAAAGACAGAAGUUUUGAUGGAAAAUUUCCGUAGAGCAAUAGGACUGCGAAUAAGAGAAACAAAAGAAGUCUAUGAAGGCGAAGUAACCGAACUUACACCUGUUGAAACGGAAAACCCUGCUGGUGGCUAUGGUAAAACAGUGUCCCAUGUUAUAAUAGGCUUAAAAACAGCCAAAGGAACAAAACAGUUGAAAUUAGAUCCUACUAUCUAUGAAUCAUUGCAAAAAGAAAAGGUUGAAGUGGGAGACGUUAUAUAUAUUGAAGCAAACUCGGGUGCUGUAAAGAGACAAGGCAGGAGUGACACUUUUGCAACUGAGUUUGAUUUAGAAGCUGAGGAAUAUGUACCAUUGCCUAAAGGUGAUGUUCACAAAAAGAAGGAAGUUGUGCAGGAUGUAACAUUACAUGACUUGGACUGCGCCAAUGCCCGGCCUCAAGGUGGACAUGACAUUAUGUCUAUGAUGGGACAAUUAAUGAAACCAAAAAAGACCGAAAUUACAGACAAGUUAAGAAAGGAAAUAAAUAAAGUAGUUAAUAAGUACAUAGAUCAAGGAAUAGCAGAAUUAGUACCAGGGGUCUUGUUCAUUGAUGAGGUACAUAUGUUAGAUAUAGAAACAUUUACCUACCUACAUCGCGCAUUAGAAUCCGCGAUUGCACCGAUAGUUAUAUUCGCUACAAAUAGAGGGCGCUGUCAAAUAAGAGGAACUGAAGAUAUAAUCUCUCCACAUGGAAUACCAUUAGACCUUUUAGAUAGACUUCUAAUUAUUAGGACAUUACCAUAUAAUAAAGCUGAAUUAUUGCAGAUUUUAAAAUUAAGAGCAGCAACCGAAGGUAUUGCAAUUGACGAUGACGCUCUCGCUGCAUUGUCAGAAAUUGGCGCCAACAGCACACUUAGGUACGCGGCGCAGCUGCUGACGCCGGCGGCGCUGUCGGCGCGCGCGGACGGCGCGACCCGCAUCGCGCCGCCGCACAUCGAGGCCGUGCACACGCUGUUCCUCGACGCCAAGUCCUCGGCGCGCAUCCUCACGCAACAUUCCGAUAAAUACAUGAAGUAAACCUGCGUCCGCGAUACUCGGAUACUCUCGGCGUGGAGUCGCAGUGCAUAGGUUUUGCAGAAGGAGACGAGGUUGCCAUUGGGGAAAGACACAUUUUCUUUAUUUUGUAUACUUUUCUUUGUAUGUAAAGGCGAUAAAAUACAUUAAAAUGAAAUAGCUUUAUGUUGGAUAGGUUUAUGCAUAAGUGCAGUUUUGUUUACAUUAAGGAACUGUGAUUUAUUUUUAUGUCGAUUCAUUUUAUUUUCAAUCCAAAUGCGUUAUGUUAGACGACAAUAAAACAGAUGUUUAAUAAAUAAGUUUAAUUAUAUAAAAA